CUGAAUGGUUAAGAGAUUUGCCUCUGAAUGGUUAAGUAUUAUACAGAGUCUGAAUGGUUAAGAGCUCUUAUCUGAAUUGAUCAGACAUUUGCCUCUGAAUAGUUAAACAAUAUACUAGCUCUUAAUGGUUCAGACCUCUUACUGGUUCAGCACUUAAUGGUUCAGACCUCUUACUGGUUCAGCACUUACCCAUUCAGAAGUUACCAAACAGCCCCUAAAUAUAGUCAUUUGUGAUCUUGUUUGAUUUGUCUUAACAUACAGAUUAUUAAUAUAUAAUUUCUAUAAUUUUUUAAUAUACAAAUUACAAGAUAAAAUGGAUUAAAGAUGUGCAUUGGAUGGUGUGCCAAAAGUAGAUUUGCCCGUCCAGCACACCCAGCAGAUCCAUCCCAGCGUUCGUUGAGCAGACCCAGCCGAUCGCGCCAGUCCCAGCGAAGGCCGUCCAAAUUGCUGUUCAAUCUGUGAGGAUCGGCCAAAUUGAAAAGAUCUGACUUCAAGAGUUGUUUCACCAGUUCCUCCGUCUAGUUGCUUUGUCGACAGAUUUGAUUUUUGUCCGUCAAUUUCAGCGAUUCCUUGCUUCGCCGAACCAUAAAAAAAAAAACUCACACCAUGGCGGACAAAUUAAGUGGGGAUAAAAUGGUUUGGUUAAUGUCGGUGAUUGAUUCUUUUUCGUCCAAUCAAAUGAAUGGACCGUUCGUCGAAGAUAGUGAUUGGACAGGGUGAUUUGCGAAACGGCGUGUAUGUCUUUGCCUCAGUUCCCGCGUCAGCCCUCGUAGCCAACAUCGAUCCCUUUGUUCUUCAUCAACGGUUAGGCCACCCCUCCGUGGAUGUUCUCCCUUUUCUUGGUACUAAUAAAACACAGUCUGUUCAGCCUUCCCCGUCUCCCGUCAUCCCUGCCGUUCCGGCAACCCAGCAGCCCACCCAGCAAUCCCCGUCACCGUCUCAGUCCCCGUCGGAAUCUUCCACCCCCUCCGCCUCUUCUGAUGACGACGACAACCCUGAGUCCUCCUCGGUGGAGACCACUUCUCCAUCGCCGAUACUUCCAUCCCUUGGCGGAGCGUGUGCAGCAGCAGGCAGGGUGGAUUUGCUGAUACAAGAGUUAAGACGUUUCUGACAGUGAAGCCGAGGCCAGAGGAGGACAAGGAGUGUUAGACCAUGAGCCAAGGGAUAAUGAUUGAAACAAGUAAUAAGAUUCAACGUACUGU